AUGAACAAAGAAGGAGAGAAGAAGACCCGCAGCCAGAAACCAGCCCGGACCCAGCAGCAUGUCCCGGUCCAGCAGGUCCACCAGAAGACCAAGUCUGUUAAAGAUUCCCAGAGCGGCUCCUCCGUCAAGGACACCCACCAGUUGACUGGCGCAGAGGAUCCCAGCCCAGCGGGACUGCAGAGGAGGCGAGCAGCCAAAGUGUCACCGGGUGGGGGCGGCUCGGAGGCCCAGAGGAGCCCCGCCGCGCGCAGGAAACUGUCGGACGCCAGCAUCGCCUCGGAGGACCUGAGCAAAGACUCCGGCUGUCCGUCCGGGAAACUCUCCUCCUCGGACAGCAGCUCGGAGAUCUCUGACUGCGCCUCGGAGGGCAGCAAGAGGGACUCCCCGAGCAGCGACUGCAGCUGGGUGGACGGCAGGGCGUACGAGGCCCCGAGCGCAGCUCCGUGCGUAAAACCAAGCGCGCCCUGCGCGCCGCAGCCAGCAGCCGCUGCUGGGGGCUUCGCUCUGAUCAACCCCCCCGGAGCCUUCAUGGAGCUCAUGAUGGAGGAGACGAGCCAGGAGCUGCUGAGAGAGGUGGAGGACCUGAGGUCAGAGAACGAGUACCUGAAGGACGAGGUGGAGGAGCUUCGCUGUGAGAUGCUGGAAAUGAGAGACAUGUUCCAGGAGGAGGAAGUGUACCAGCUGCAGGAGCUGCGGCUGCAGCUGGAGCAGGCCAAGAAGACCUGUCGCAUCCUGCAGUACCGACUCCGCAAGGCCGAGCGCCGCAGCAUCCGGGUGGCUCAGACUGGACAGGUGGACGGAGAGCUGGUCCGGAGCCUGGAGCACGACAUUAAGGUUGCAAAGAGUGUAUUCCUCCGCCUGUACAACGAGCUGCAGACGGUGCAGAAGAAGAACUCGCAGCUGGAGUGGGACAACGAGGCACUCAGGGAGAAGACUCAGGAGCUGGAGGUGGCCAAGGAGGUCUUACAGAGCGAGGUGGACAAAACCAGAGAGAGCUUGGUGAAGAAGAGAAGCAUGAGAUCAGCAGCCAGUAAAGCAGAGAAGAGGCUUUCUCAGCAGAUGGAGGAUGACAGCGCUGAUCUGAAGUGCCAACUCCACUUCGCCAAAGAAGAGCUGGCUCUCAUGUGCAAGAAGCUCACCAAGCUGGUGUCGGAGAGCGAGGCCACGCGCGACGAGCUGGCCAAGUACCAGUCCAAGUUUGGUGAUGUAGACGCUGCCCAGCAGCCUGAAGAUAGGCAAGGCUCCGCCCACUCCAGGGAGUCAGAGUUCAAAGGUCAUCUGAAACUGCUGGAAGAGGAGGCCAUGCUGCUGAGCCGGCGAAUCGUUGAGCUGGAGGUGGAGAAUCGCGGGCUGCGAGCAGAGAUGAGUGACCUCCGAGAGAAAUCAGGGGGAGGAGGAGGAGAGGAAGAUGUUCCAGAGGAACAUCUCCCCCUGACUGGAAGGAUGAAGGAUGGAGAGGGCAGCCUGGAAACCAGACCUGCGAUCUGCCUGCAGCAACAGACUGAAGAGUCCGGAAACAGAUCUUUGCUGUGCCACGAGUCACAGAUGGACCGGAUGAGCGUCAGAGAAGGUCCUGUGGGGGGCGAGCAGGACCCUUCAACUGCCAUUCAGCUCCUGAUGACCCCAUCCAGACUUGAACACAGCCCUCCUCCUUUCAGCUCUCCGACAGAAUUGAGCACAAAUGGUAAACCUCAGGGCUCUUUACUCGAGGCCCUGGACCUUCUGCAGGUCAUGCUGCUGGCUUUCAUUGGGAAGAGCUCUGUUGGGGAUGUUCCUCCUGAGGGACAGCACCACACCGGGCUCAGACUUUGCAGCUCCAAACAUAGCCGACUCAGGCGGCUGUUUUCUCCUCGUGGCUCUAAAAUUAAGAACUGGUGCUAUCUGAGCCAGGAAGCCGCCCAGCUGGACCCAGAAGACCCCUUUAAGACGUGGGACCAUCUAAUCAUGCCCCUCAGCUUCCCUCACCUUGACUUUGAGCAGAUGUCGAGGGAGAGGAGCCACACUGCCCCCGAGAAGUCGGACUUCAGAAUCUACUACAGCCCCCCAUCGGCCCGCAGGGUCCAGCUGGCUCAGCUGAAGCCAAGCUCCGUCACAGACACUGAGUCCGUGGACCCCCCCUCUCCUUGGUGGACACCCCCGACCUCCUUCUCUCAGCUCUGCCUCGGCUCCUCUGCUAACCUGAGCGAUGACAUGAAGGAAAUGAACGCCAGCUGGAGGCAGGCGGUUCACGGUGGCUCACAGGAGACGAGGGGGCGACCAGCGGGCCGCUGGGUGGAUGUCACCUGCUCAGGGACUCAAACCCACCUUAAGCUCCCGAUGGUGAGCGUUGGUCAGCAGACGGAGGGGAUUCAGGGCUCGGUCCUGGUGAGGAGCAGCCCCUCCCGAGUCCUCAGCUCCUCCCUGGUCUCUGCACGCUCUCGGCACAUCUCCGCCUCUCUGGAUGGGUUAGCGGGUCAGAUUGAGAGGCCCAGAACCUCCACUUCCUCCCCCAAACUGUACCGCAGGCACUCCUCCUCCAGCCUGACCUCCUCUUCACCUGCACUGAGAGACCGAGCACAGGGGAACUCGUCACAUCAGAGCUACUCUGGGCUAACGUGGACUCGACAAGCCAGUCCCAGAUCAGGUGCAGCUCAGACCCACAGCUCAGUGAGUGGAACUAAGUCAUCCAGCAGGUCUGCCGGCACCAACCGCUGCGGUCUGGUGACCGAGUUCCUGCGCAGGAUGAGCGGGAGGGCUGACAAAGCUGCUCCAGCAUCUGCGCAGAGGGCCAAGACCGGUCCAAAGAACCUGGAACGCGUCCCCGUGAGACCUCAGGUCCCUCAGCUGCACAGGAACGACAGCGUGACUCGGAUCGUCAACCAGAGGUUCAUGAAGCAGAGGGAGGAGACCGCCCGAGUCCCGAGAGAGGAGAAGAGGAGCAACGUGCCUCUCAGAGUCCGACACAGUCCGAGUCCCGUCGAAGCAGAGGAUGUAAACUUGGGAGGCGGCUCCAGCUCCACGCUGACCUUCUGCUUCUCUCGACGUUCCAAUCAGAGACAAGCGACUAACCUGGGAACGCUCCACCGACACAGGAACAUAAGCGCCGACUCCACCUGUGGCUGA